AUGCCUUGCCUGGGUGUGGCAGUCGACCACCGGAUCAGACGUCUUUUCAAGCCUGUCUGCAAUGAUCUGACAGAGCCUUCUAAUCACGUCUCCCUCAUCGAGACUCGAGGACAGUCACUGGAGCGACCGCAUAGCGAGAUUCAAGUUACUGCGCAGCUGGCAGGCCCAGCGUUUAAGGGGGGCAUAGCGGUCGCCCUGCAGCAGCCCCGGCACAAUCACCCAUUCGAAGAGGGCCUCGAUGCCGUCAUCCGGGAUUGCAAAACUCUUUAUGCUCUUGACGACGUAUUUGCCGCUGUAUCCUGCGGGUCCCUCGAUAUUCGGACCAACGUUACUAUCGUCGACUUACUGCCCUACGUGUCUGAAUCUAUAGCAAGUAUUGACGGUGCGAUAUUGGAGGAGUCAUUCCGUGCGUCGAAACAUAUUAUGCUUGAUAAGGAACCCUCUGUCUUACUCUGCGCGGGAAAAAUACGGCUGUCUAAUACGGAGCAGUUCCGUAAGCGGAAGGGGGAUGCAUCCAAACUCGGGAGCAUCGAAGUUGGGAAGAAAUUUGGUCACAUUCCCAAAUACCCCGUCGAAGCAAAAAUCCACUGUGAGGGAAACAGGGGGUUUGUCACCAUCCGUAGGGUCAAUGGUUUCCACCCAAGCUAUGCGAUGAACUAUCACCCGCAUGUCAGUUGCUUAAGGCAACUUCAGAUCAUGAUAGGCGCUGAAACUUGCGGGAUGUUGAGAGAUGAUUGGGAAGAGGAAGAUUGGAUGGGUGAAUUAAGGCGUCGUUGCAAAGAUGUUUCCGAAGCACCGUCAGAGUCGCCGUCGCAAUCUCCUCAAUCGCAGAGCUCCGGUGAAAGCUCCACCAAGCGCAAUAAUACCAAGUAUUUGCCAGACUACCAAGAGCUCUACUCUGACAAACUGCUUAGCAUACAUAGAUGCGUUCAGUCUCUUAUUUCAGAACCAAUACCGGCAGUGAAUUCAUCUACAGCACUCUACAAACCCCUGCUCACCUGCGGUCUAAGCGAAAUUUUCAACGAUGUGACCCUCAUCUUGCGCCAAAUGUCUCGUCUCCGUCUCCGGAGCAAAGGCUGGCCUAAAUAUGUGGCCUCGAUAAACAAGGCGGCCCUAAAGCAAGCCGCAAUUGAUACGCGCAGAUUCACCGUGGAUCUUAAAGCCACUGAGCCUAGCAAAAACGCGCAGUUCGCGGAGAUCAUCCAAAAAGGAGCAAGCGUUCUCUCCGAGAUUAUAAUGAGAAGGGAUGGCUGGCCACUUGAGGAUAGGCUGGAUUUCAAUGAAACUUCGGAGGCAUUUCUCAAUAUCGCUACGAAUAUCGAAACUCUACUCAUGGAUCUUCUACUGGAAGAGGAAAGGGACCUCCAUGCUUUGGGGCAGGAACAGACAUUAUCGAUUAAGAUGGGGAGAAUGACAUUGGCACCAGUGCUCAAUUGA